AUGUCAGCCCAGCGCGCCAAAUGCACUCAACAAAAGGGCGACAGCUAGCAGGAUUCACUCAAGUUCUACGCACUUAGCCACUAAAAUUUGUUCGUCUGGACGCUUGACAGCAAAUUUUAGACCGGGGCCAAGUUGGAACAGUGAGCUGUCGCCAUGGGUUUGCUCGACCGGUGUCAGGAGCUCUUCAAGAGCUCAAACCUGUACGAGGUUCUGAGCGUCAGCAAAGAGGCGACCGAGGCAGAUAUCCGCAGGAGCUACUACAAAGUGUCGCUCAAAGUCCACCCGGACCGGGCUCCCGAAGACCCGCUGGCCACGGAGAAAUUUCAGGUGUUGGGAAAGCUGUAUGCGGUACUAAGCGACGAGGAGCAGCGAGCUGUUUAUGAUGAGCAGGGAGUGGUGGAUGAAGAAUCCGACAUCCUGAGUCAAGACCGCUGCUGGGAGGACCACUGGAGACUGCUGUUCCCCAAGGUCACAGUACAGGACAUCAUUGACUUUGAGAAGAAAUACAAGGGCUCUGAUGAGGAGAAGCAGGAUCUGAUCAAGCUGUAUGUGAAGCACGAGGGAGUCAUGGAUGUCAUCACAGCCUGGGCUUUGUGCUACUCCCAGGAAGACGAGCCCAGGGUCUGCAGCAUCAUUCAAGCUGCCAUCAACAGUGGAGAGGUCCCAGCAUUCCCAGCAUUUACUCAGGAGAGUGAAAAGAAGAAGAGGGCUCGUAAGAGGAUGGCUGACAGGGAGCGCAAAGAAGCUGAAGAAAUGCAGAGAGAGAUGGGGCUCGGUGAUCAGGACGAUAGUCUUGUGAUGAUGCUGAAGGAAAAACAGAAGUCCAGAGAGCAGAACUUUAACAGUUUUCUGUCAGACCUUGAAGCUAAAUACUCCAAAAAAGGUGGAAAAGCUCGAGGAAAAAAAGCAAAAAAGUGAGAAGCAUGCCAACUCUGCUUACAGUGGAUGUAAAUAAAUAAAUCACAGCAGGUAUAAAUCACUUUUUAUAGGUUCAAGUACAUGUAGGAACCGUUCUUUAUUUGUUAGCCUCCUCAUGAUGUCCAUCUAGCCUCAGCAGUGUUUUAUUCGAGAGUUAUUAAUGUAUUAUUUCUGUUUACCGUCUUUCAUGUGCAGUUUAAAAAAAUACAUUAAUGUUAAUAAACAUACAAUGUUUUAUUUUGUAUACAAUAAAAUCAAGAAAGAACAA